AUGAACGUUUAAUAAACAAAGACAUCAUCACUUAAGGAUUUUUAAAUCAUUUAAGAGUUAGGGAAGGGAUCAUUUAGUACAGUUUACAAGGUAUAUUUGGUUUUUAACAGUAGGUCAAAAGAAUUGCAGAUGGCUAAGAAUAUGCAUUAAAGAAAGUGAAAUUAGGAUCUUUAAAAUAGAAAGAAAAAGAGAACGCACUAAAUGAAGUCAGACUAUUGGCUUCGAUUAAUAGCAAGUAUAUAGUAGCCUACAAAGUAACAUAACGAGUGAUAAAUAUAGGAAGCCUUCUUUGAUGAUGAAUCUAGAUGUUUAUGUACCGUAAUAGAACUUUUAUCAGGAGGUGACGUGUAUCGUAGAAUCACUCAGGCUCUAAAGGGAGGCCCAUUAUUCUAAGAAUAAGAUAUAUGGAAAGCUUUGAUUCACAUGAUUUUGGGGUAUGAGUUUGUAGUUAAGUAGAUUGAAAACACUUCAUGAUUAGAAGGUAGUGCAUAGAGAUUUAAAAUCAGCAAAUGUUUUUCUUUCUAGAGAUGGAACUUUCAAAUUGGGAGAUCUGAAUGUGUCGAAAGUGGCUAAGCAGGGAUUUGUUUAUACUUAAACUGGAACACCAUAUUAUGCUAGUCCUGAAGUGUGGAGAGAUGAACCUUAUGAUUUGAAGAGUGAUAUUUGGUAUCUAAAUUUAAUCAUGUAUAAGGUCCUUGGGUUGUGUUCUUUAUGAAAUGUGUUGUUUGUAAACACCAUUCAGAGCAAAAGAAAUGGAUGUCCUUUUUCAAAAAGUCUAAAAAGGGAUGUAUGAUUAAAUACCAGCCAAAUAUUCAAAAGAUCUUGCUUAUGUCAUAUCUUUGUUAUUAAAAACCCAAUCUUCUUCAAGACCGAAUUGUGACGAACUAUUAAAAAUACCCAUUAUCCAAAGCAGAAUGAAGAAUAUUGAAUCUUGCAUCAAUCAUUAACCAUAAAAUUAAGAACUUUUGAAGACAAUAUAAAUCCCAAGAACUAUAGAUUAAUUAAAUUCUCAAUUUCCAAAAUCUAAAUACGAAAAUGAAUUUAUGAGUUUUGAGAGGAAUAUUGAAAAUAAAUCUACAGAAAAUUCAUCAAGUCCUUUUAGAUCUCCACAAUAAAUAACGAAAACAUAGUAAGACUCUCGAAUAAGCUAAGGAAAAGAUAGAUAAGUCACUGAUAUCACAAAGAGUCUAGCCUACUUAGAAAGAUAGAAUAAACAUCCUUUGUUAGUUGAAGGACCUAGGCCAUCUGCAUCAAGAAAAAUGGAAAAACCAAAAUCUGCUUAACCUUAGCUUCGCAGUGAGAAAGACGAAAAAGGAUAACAAUUAGGAAAUUCGAGUAUAAAGAAUUCAUAAGUUAAUAAUAAAUACAAGGAGUCUGAAAACCUUAGAAUGAAAAGGGAAAACGAACUUAAAGCUUUAUAAGAACAAUAAGAUUUAAAAUAUCGAGAGUUAAGAAAUUUGAAAUAAGCCCGAGAAGCUUCAAAAGGUUUAAAUGCUGAAAAUAGACGAGUUUCUCCUAUUUCCUAAACAAAAUAAAAUGAAUAAUAUAGACCUUAUCAAUAAUAGCAAAGUGUACAAAAACAGUCUUAUUCUCCUAUUACUAGAAAAGUAGAAAUACCUUAAUAUAAUAAGUAAAUAUAUUAAAUGAUUUUUUAGUAAUAGAAUAGUAUAAAGUCAAUUAUAAAGUAGACCUCAAAUAAGUUAAUCUAUUAAUAUUAGUAAUCCAAGUUUAUAAAUUCAUUCAUCAGUAUCUCAACAAGAGAUCCCAACAAGCAAAAGACAAUAAAUCCCACAAUCAGCAGCUCCGAUUACUUAAAAAUACUCAUCAAACCAAUAAUAAAGGCCAACAUCAGAUAGAUAUUAACAUCCUUAAUCAGCAUUACCAACAAGAGUAGAUUAACAGAAAUUAGAUAGAUAAUAAGUAUUUCCAGCUUAAGCAAGAGUUGUUAAAACUAAAUAAAUUGAAUAAAAAAGUUAAUAAACAAAAUAAUCAAGGCCAUUAUCUUCAAAUUUAACACCUAAUGAGAGAUUAGUAAAAUAAGAAUACUAACCUUAAUAUAAUUAAAUUCAGGUAAAUUAUAAUCAUUAUUAUCCAAUCGAAACCUAUUAACGACAUGCAUCAGAUUAAAACUUAAUCAGAUAUUAGUAAUUGAUUUAUCAUAUAUUUUAGGUAAAGAUAAUAAAAUAAGCAGAUAAGGCAGAAUGUAGAAGGUAGAAAAAUAUGA